GAGAAAAAUCCAUAGCAUACCAUCCCUUAGUUUUUUGCAGAAGAAUGAGGCCCAUUGGGAAAAUCUAUUCGGAGAAGCUGCCGUACAGAAAAGCGGCACUUAUCCUCAUAGCCGUCGUCAUCGUUUCGGCGGUCAUCGUAGCAUUGGCACUCACCGUUUUCCGGCCGAGGGACCCUGCUGUGACGAUUGACCUCGUCGGCUUGUCAAGAGUUCAGCUGAAGGACCUAGUUCUCGCCAAAAAUCUCACAACAGCCGUCGCCAUAGGCAUUAGCAACGACAAUUACGGCAGCUUUGCAUGGACAGAUUUCACGACGGCAGUCAAGUAUAAUGGACAAGUCGUGGGAGAGAUUCCGAUUCAGGAAAAGUUGGUCCCUCAGCGCUCAUAUACAACCAUCACGACCUCCAUAACCAUGCAAUUGGACAAGUUGAAUGAAGACUUGGCAGCCGUGGCGGCCGCUCUGACUGGCGGAGGUUUGAAUCUCACUUGCUCGGUGACGGUUUAUGGCAAGAUCAGACCGCUUAGGAUUUGGCCCAGGUUCCAUGGUUCGGUUUACGUUGAUUGCGUGACUUCUUUGUACAUCAAUACGUACCGUUCAGGUAACGAAUUCCACAUCUUCAAAGGCCAAUCUACCUGCUGGACUAAACUCAAAUUGACCUCAAAUAAUGUUUAAUUUCGACAAUGUGGAAUAUGUAAAAUGUUUUUUCGUUUGAAAUCCAUAUGCAACUGAGCCUCCAUACUUUUUUAGGAUAUUGAUCACUUAAAUGAUACGCCCUUUCUACCACUCCAACUUCUACAACAGUUCUCCUUCGCAGAUCAUUUGCUGGUUUUGGACCGCCAAGUCUAAUCGUUCUACUUCUCAGUUUUGUAUUUGUAAACUUGAAUGACGGUUAGGAAUGUAGGAACGUUGUAAUAAAUUCGAUGAUUGUAU